AUGUCGAUUUACAAGGAUUUGAGCUUACCAAGUAUAAGCUUGAAACGCAAACGCGGAAAGAAGCAAAAACCGGGGCAGGAGACGCUCGAAAAGGCUGUAUAUGAGGAGCAGGAGCGCGAACAAACGGAGAAGAAGCUGCCAGAGAAGAUGGAGUUAGAUUGGAGAUCACUGGCGGGUGUGGUCUUGCCUGAGGAGUCUUAG